UUUGUAGGUUUCCACAUAUGCUGAACACGAUGAGACUACUUUGAAAAGAAUCUGAGACAUUGAUUGAGCAUGACUUGUUGUGGUUCUCGUGCUACUCAUAAGUAUCGAUUGUCACUCAGCAGGCAUAAGAAUUUCGGAACUCAAAACACAGCAGAACGGGUGGAAAUCAGGCUUAGUGGAACCAUUGAAAGUCAAACAAUCUCAAAAGAACCAAUAAUAUUUUUUCAAUUUCGAUACUCAAAAAUUCACCAAAAGACUGUGAGUUUGUUGUUUGAUUUCAGAUAUUUUUGAGCUGGAUAAAUCACACACGCUCACAGUAGUAACCUUGAAACUAAGGUCAUAUUACAACCUUUUGAGCCCUGUCGAAUGAGUUACUCAAAUAUUUCAAAAAUAUUUAGUUAUAGUAUAACGAUCUCAUUCUAUACUCAAUUUUUAAAAAGAAGUCAAUUUUGUGAGGUGCACCGACCACUUUCUGCACACUGUUUUGAUAAAUGACUACACAAGUUAAUAAGGGGUAACUAGCAUAGGAUCAUCUUGAUAGACUGAUGUUCUGUAAAAAGCGUGCUGCAUGGAAGUACCUAGCUGUUCGCUACAGCCCGGAUACAAAAGACAUAGACCAACUUUAAUAAGGCAGAAAAGAAUGGUUGGAAAUUAAGACAAGAGUGCCUUGUGUUUACCUAUUAUUUGUAUCUUUCAAUGAAGAUGGGACGAAUGUAUUAGAUCAUCCACAUCAACUGAGGUUUGAUCGAAACGGAAACGUUUAUGUUGCUGAUAGCUGGAAUCAUCGAAUAGCAAAGUUUACAAUUGAUAAUACUCAAUGCAGUCCCGCGUUAUUAAACGUGACUAUCGGACGUGAUAUGGGCCCUAAAGCCUGUUCUAGAUGGUGUAAAAAUGAAAUAAAUUUAGCUGGAAUUGUGUCAAAAUUAUAUGGUCCAGGAUCAUUAGAAUUGAAUGAUCCGAUUGAUUUAUUUAUUGAUAAUGAAAAUACUGUUUAUGUAGCUGAUAUAAGAAAUCAUCGUAUACAGAAAUUCCCUUUGGGAUCCAAAAACGGAAUAACAGUUGCAGGCGGAAAUGGUAAAGGAAAUUCAUCAUCACACUUAAACCAUCCACGUGCAAUUUAUGUCACAAAAAAUAAAGAUAUUUAUAUUCUCGAUUCCGAUAAUCACCGUAUACAAAAAUGGCCAGAAUACAACGCGUUCGCGAAGACAAUCAUUGAUUCACAUGUGAGUGGUUGCAGGGCAUGUUAUGGACUCUAUUUUGAUGAAAAUCAGGAGCAACUUUAUUGGUCCGAUCGGGCAAGACAUCAUGUUGUCAAAUUUUCAUUAAAAUCAAAUGCAUUGAAUGUCGUAGCGGGAACAACAGAUCACGCCGGAUCAAGCGUCAAUCAGCUGAACUAUCCUCAUCAUAUUUUUGUUGAUAAAAACUCUGAUUUAUAUAUUACAGACAGCUGGAAUCAUCGAAUACAAAAGUUUAAAUAUGGCUCAAAUCUAGGUCAAACAGUAGCAGGAAAUCCAAAUGGAAUGAGUGGUACGGAUGCUGCUUCAUUAUGGUGGCCUUGGGGUGUCUUUGUCGAUAGUAAUAGUAAUAUUUAUGUUGCUGAUUGGAACAAUAAUCGCAUUCAACAGUGGAAACAAAACGCAAGUUCUGGUAUGACAAUCGCUGGAAAUAACGACGUUGGAAUGAAUUUAAAUCAGUUCAAUCACCCAACUCAAGUGAGACUGGAUAAGAAUGGUGAUCUCUACGUUGCGGAUAAUUGGAAUCAUCGUAUACAAAAAUUUGUCAAUGAAAAAUGCUCAAUGACUAAUGCACAGCAUAAAGUUUUACCAGCCAACAUUGAUUGGUGUUCAUUGGCAGCAAAUAAUUGUAGUCAUCAUCUAGUAUCGAAAGGUGAAGGUACAAUUGAAAUUAGUCAAAAGCUACCAUUGCCAUUUACCAUUUUAUUAUCGAACAAUAAAUUUCAAACAAAUUAUGGUUUCCUAUUAUCUGCUAAUGAAAAAAAAGCAGUCAUUUAUAGAAUAAAAGAUUCUGUAAAAAACAUGAUCGAUGAAACAGAUAUUGAAGAACAUUUAGUACAAAGCCAUGGUGGUGAUGAACAAAAAUUUUGGUUUUCAGUUGAUAGUCAAAAUUUAUUUGUUAAAUAUGGAAAAGGUGAAAUGCGUGAUAAACGAACAAUAUUGAAAUUAAAAAUCUCACGAAAUGAACAAAAUCUAAUGAAAGAGAUCGAUUACGUACACGUAGAAUUCGUACAUACGAAAAAUGUGCCAUAUGAUAAUGAUAAAAUACGCGUUCGAAUUCAUAAAAAUCCUGUUAUUUCUGAUCCAUUCUUUUUUAAAUCAAAUACGACAAUAGAUAUACAGUGA